UUGCCCAAAAUUGGUAAGAUGGCCAGGCCUUUAGAAAUGAAAACAAAUGGGCGCUACGGCGGCACGUGUAGUGUACUAAACCACAGACUAAACUGUCGUACUAUGGUCGUACGAAAGUUCUAAGCAUUGUUCCUUUCGGAUAGUUCCUGAUGGAUCAAAAUUCAGAGCCUGAUGGGAGAACCGAUGACAGCACUGGCAGCAAAAGAAAGAAAUACGCAGAAGCUGCAUUUCUUGCUGGAGUCGCCGGAGCUGCGGCAAUAUUCGGGUUCGGUAUGACACUGGCGCAGGCGAAGAAGCGUGACCCCGAAAACUUUGCCGAGGGCUUGACUGCAUCGCAGAAGCUCCACGAAAGCGGCUCUAAGCUAGCGUUGCGAGCCCUUGGAAGAGGAACGCUCUAUUCCGUAACGGGGUUUUCACUCUUCUGUUUCCUGGCAUGGAAGGCGAUGGGAGUUUCUGAUCUGCAAGAAUUCAGAACUAAGGUUGGCUCAGUUCUCCCACGAAUACCAAAAAAUGAGCCACAAGGACGGACGGAAUUUUCUUCGUUACGUGACCUUUUAAACUAUGUAAUUGAAGAAAGCGAUAAAAAGAAACGUACAUAAGCCUGUGUGUUGCUUG